AUGAUGAACAAUUGGAAUCGAAGCCGAGAUGUUUCAUCAGAAGAUCAAAGUGAUUUAUCAAACAAAUCAAUAUCAUCAUCAUAUAAAAAACGUCAACAAUUAUCAACAUUAUUUAAUAAAACAGCUGAUAUUGAUGAUUCACUAUUUAGUCGACAUUUCUUUACUUUAUACCAAAAAUUAUGUCAGAAGAUGAAUUACGAAAUGCAUUUGAAAUUCAUGGUAUUGCAUCUAUUAAAUAUGAAAAAGCCUCAGCAGCUUGCUCAUGCUAUGGAAAAAAUGAAUGGAACAGUUAUUACUCCACAUAUUCGCCCAUUAAAAGCUAUUAUAUCCAGUACACAUCGUGAAGAUUAUAAACCAAAAUUUGCUGAACCAUUUUCAUCAAAACAUCAUUGUGAUAAUGAAGAUACAUUACCAACACCAGCUUCAAUUUAUAAUGCCAUUUCACCUCUGUAUCGUCAAAAAAUUUCAUCAACUAAACAAUAUUUACCACUAUCAACAUGUUCAUUAUCUAAUAUUAAAUCAAAAAUUAAUAAUGAACGUCGUUUAAUUGUUCGUUGUGAAAUGACAAUAACUAAAUAUUAUAUAUCAAAAUUAUUUGAUCUUAUACCAAAUAUGGAAGAAUACUCGCCAAUUAAUAUAAAUAUAUUUAAUGAACGUAAGUUAUAA